AUGAUUCCAUAUGACGGAUGUCACGAAUGCAAAUUUUCAUGCUAAGAAUAAUGUAUUGAUUGCAUUUACGGGAUAUGUUUUGGUUGUAUUGAUACAGGUUGGAUACUUAAUUAAAUUAAUAUUUGUACUCCUUAAUGUGGAGAUGGCAUUGUUGUUGAAGAAUAUGAAUAAUGUGACGAUGGCAAUGACAUCCCUUUUGAUGGUUGUUAUUACUGUUAAUUUGAAUGCCCAUAAGGUUGUAUUUAAUGCUAAUCAAACUAAUGCCAAAAAUGUCAUCAUUUAUAUGUAUUAGACAUUAAAACAGGUAAUUGUUUAAAAUCAAGCAACGAUAAUGAUGACUAAUAAAUAGAAUUUUCAAUUCUCUAGCCUGAGUAAAUGGUAAAUUUCAGAUGUGGUGAAAAUCAUGUACUUAUUAAUAAUAUGUGCUUUGAUAAAUGCGGCAAUGGAUUAAGAGACAAUCAAUAUGAAGAAUGCGAUGAUGGAAAUUUAUAUGGAGGGGAUGGUUGUUCUUCUUUUUGUCAGAUAGAGAGUUCAUAUGAAUGUAUAGAUUAGGUAUACUCUUUAAGUUUAUGUACAUAUAUUAAAGCUCCUGAAAUUAAUUUGAACAUUCUUACUAAUAAUGGAGAUUCUCUUCAAGUUGUAGAGUUGACUUUUACUUCAUAAGUCUUAUUGGAAGAAGCUGCAAAUUUUGAAGAUAUCAUAGCAUUUACUAUUAAGCCUUAAACUCAAUACUAGUUAACAAUCAUCAGCAUUUCAAAUAUAACAAUAUAAUUAAACAAUCCUAAAUAUUAAAUUUAAAUUGAAUUCAUUGAACCAGUGUAACAUCCUAUGUUAGAAGUUGUAAUGCAGAAAAAUACUAUUUAUAACUCAUUUAAAUUAGGAUUAAAAGAAAAUGAAAAAUAAAUUAAUCUUGGUGCACCCUUUGUGCUUCCAGAAACCACUAAGUAGUAGCUAAAUAGUAUAGUUUAACUUAAUGAUGCAAUGAUGUAUUCAAUGGCUGGGGUGUCAAGUUUAGCUUUAGGAACAGGAAAUUCAAUUGUAUUUUUUAAUUUACUAGAUCUAUUACAAUCAUUUUCAUAUUUAAGGUUUAUGCAAUCAUAAUUUCCACCACAUUUAAGAGAUUUUUUGAAUACUUAUACUAAGGUUUCAUUGCAACCAAUCUUAAAUUAUUUGAAAGUAGAUUAGUUAUUGGAAGAUUUAAAUGGAAAAAGUAAAUCAGAUUAAGUAAAGAAUAAUUUAUAACCAGACUAUGAAAUCAUUUUAAUUUAGCCUUAUUUGUUAAAUGCAAAAAGUUGCUAUUUUUCCAUUCUUGCCUCUAUUUUAACCUAUUUAUUUUAUUGUGCUUUAAUUUCAAAAACUUUAGGAAAUUUUAUUUUCUAAUGGUUUGAAAAAUAUCAAUACAAUAAUAAAGUCGUUAAACUUACCCAUUUAUUUUAAAAAUGUAUUCAGAAAAAGUUUUAUAAAUAAAAAAUAGAAUAUUUUUCUUUAGGAAUUUUUCAAGUUUAUUAGGCUAUUCUGCAUUAGUUAACCUUUAGUGUAUUGCUAUAAUUUCCUAAUUACACAUUUGAUUCUCCAUUUACAAUUCUGAACAGUGUCAAUGCUAUUUUAGGAUUAGGGUUUAUUUUAAUUGCGAAUAUUCAUUUACUUUCAAUUACUACAAUUAAAAUAAAAAAUUAAAGAAAAUGGAGGUAUUUCUAUUCUGAAUCUAAAACUUAGUUUUGGGCAUGUUAAUUUAAGUCUUUUUAAAUUUACAAAAUCCUAUUUUUCAUCUUCAUUAUAACAGAAUUAAUCAAUUAUCCAGAAGCAUAAUCAAUCCUACUUUCUAUGAAAUCAUUGUUUUUUUUGAUUUAUUUAAUUAAAUUCAAGCCCUUAAAAUCCUUUUUUGAGCUUACUAAAUUAGUUUGUAAAGAAUUUAUAUUUAUGAUAAUUUCAGGGACUUUUUUAUUUUAUAGCUUUGAAUUCAGUUAAGAAACUUUUAUUCUCAUUGGUUGGAUUCAUAUUAGUCUGUUUUGUACAAUUAUGGCUUCUAAUUUAUUUGUAGACAUAUUGUAAUAAAUCAGGAAAAAGUAUGAGGCUAGUUUAUUAAAAAAACAAAAAGAUAGAGAUGAGUUGUAGUCUAAAUUGAAAUUGAAUAAUGUACAAGGAUUUUCAUUAAAUGGGUAUGAUUAAUAAAUAUAAAAAUGA